AUCAAGUUCUUUGAUGGACUUCCAAAUGGCAACCCAUCAUAUUGCGGAGAAAAAUGGGGAUGAUGCAUAUGCUGACCCAUCUCGUCAUGGAAGUGACGAGGAAAGUUUGUCUAAGCGAUCAGUAACAGAAUUGACCGAGGAAAAUGCAGUCACCCAUGAGACUUCCAAUACCGUAGAAAAUAUUCUGUGGACUGAAGCAGCGCAAACAGUUCUUGCCAUGGAAUAUCUACCUGUGGUUGUGCAAAACGCCAUCAAUUCUAUUUUUCGUGAUCAUGGUGCAAAUUCCGAGUUUUCUGCGCAAGAUAUCUUAGAAGAAAUUGAGAAAUUUAAAAGACGGGAAAAUGUUACAGAUACAAGUCUGAAAGUGCCUUCUUUUCCCGAGAAUAAAAGAAACGAGGCCACACCGAAAGAACCCGAAGAGUUACUAAAGCAGAAUGAUGAGAUGAGGAAGAUGCUACUAUGUAAAAGUUGUGGAACAUUGGAUGGACACAAUGUUAUUGUCAACUGUGGACACCUCAUAUGCAACGAAUGUGAAUCACACAUAAAUGUAUGUUCCUUUUGUGAGCAAGAAAUAAAAAAAGUGAUUCAGAUUCACUUUACAGAAAAUUCUUCGUUCGAGUAGAUUUGAAUUCGAAUGAAGACACUACUUGAGUUGAAAUGAGAAGUAUCAGCUCUGAAACCAGUUCUCUGAUGUCUAUGAAUCGGCAAAGCAAAUUCGGGAGGGAUUAUUGAGUUGAAAUUUGGAAGAACUAAUGCAAUAUUAAGAUUCUCUUCUUUGAGUUUUAAAUGCCUCGUUCUUUUAAAAAUUAUUUUCAAUCUCACCUAAAACUUUCGAAUAACAUUUUCGUACAUCCUAUACCGGGUUAUAAAUUAAGUUAAAUGACAGAUUAAGAGAGCUGGGUGGUCAUGCAUGGUCAUUUUUUACUAUUUAAACAUCCUGAAAAAGGCGAGCUCUGUAUGAAAAUAUAGGAAAUUGCAUCAAAUAUUAUAGCUACAAAUUGUAGUUUUCUUCUUUUCUAUAUAUUAUGACUACAAAAAUCAUAU